AUGAGCCUUCCUGUGACUCCUCGAUCGACGCCGGCAGCGCCCCCAACAGACCACGACAAUGGCAAGCCUCAAUGCCACGCGGUAACGCAAGACGUGCCCAGCACGUCGACCUCGAAUUCUGCAGCGCCCUAUGCAGUCCUCGACCGCAGCUCCUCCCACCGACCGCAUCCUCUCCAGUUCAAGUCGACCACGAUUGCGCCUUCACCACCAUUCUCAACCCAAAACACAUUGGAUGACACUCUUCCCCUAGAUGUCAGCUCGCCUGGCAGCGAUCGCAGUGCAGAUAGCUCGUCCUCGUCUCUUCGAAUUUCCACGGAAAUCUCUCCGCAUCAUUUCAUCUCUCUUCAUCGCCAGGGUUCGUUGACCAGUGGAUCUGCCAGUUCUUCUACCAGAUCAAUCGCGAUCAAAAAGAAGUCAUCCUUCGGCAACUUCCAGUCAAUUUCAAGAACCCCAAGCUUGAAGGCUGCAUUCUCAGGCAGUUUGGGUGGUCCUGGUAGCGCGGCGAGCAGUCUCAUUCCCAGCCCGAUCAUUUCGGCAAUGGGAGACAUGUCGCCGCUACCCAGCCCUCUCCUUCCAGCAGAUUCUCCAGGACCCUGGAGAAGAUUACUGGGAGGGACUUCACCCACUCCUCGAAGUAGACUGAACAGCCUUGGCGAGGACGGCAUCAUCUCCAGCAGUCCUUGCGAAGUCGAGGCGAUGCAGAGUACGGCACAGGCAGACCUGCUCUCUCCAGUAGCUCUCCCCAAGCCUGCCAACCUGGCUCCCCAGGAACACAAGCGACAGCAUACAAGGAAUAGGAGCAAUAGCGAGUAUAUUCCCGAAGGGAUCUCAUUUCCAAAGCGGCUCAUGUCUGUCACUGGGCCUCAUGGCAAGCUUAAUACGGCCGACUCUCACGACGCUCACAUCCGAAGGGAACUCAACUACGCUGAGCAGCGAGGACUCACCCCAACGGUUAGGCAGCCUCCUACACCUCCGCCAAGCGAGUCAUCCAAGGAUUCCACUGAGUUGAGCAGACCCAAGGAUCUUGGAGAGCUCUUUGAGGCCCGCGGACGCCAUGACAAGAAGCGCCGCCGAUGGAGGGCUCUCCGCUGCCUUGGCCAGGGAACUUUCAGCCGAGUUAUGCUGGCUACAAGUCAAAUUGUUCCUCAGGAUAAUGAGUCCGACAGCUCAAACUCCGAGAGCCAGCCGAAUCGAAAGACCCUGGUUGCCGUGAAAGUGUGCGAGCAUGGCCCUCGCGGCGGUGCCAGUGAGGAGCGGGUUGAGAUGAGCCUGAAAAGAGAACUGGAGAUCUUGCAGGCCAUUCACCAUCCCUCAAUUGUGGACCUCAAGGCAUUCAGCAUCGAGCCAACCAGAGCUAUUCUGGUUCUCUGCUACUCCCCUGGUGGCGAUCUCUUUGACGUUGCCACUACCCACCGCUCAGUGCUUUCCCCGGCAUUGAUGCGGAGGAUCUUUGCGGAACUGGUUGGUGCUCUCCAAUACCUCCAUAACAUGAAGAUUGUCCACCGUGACGUCAAGCUUGAAAAUGUUCUUGUCAACCUGUCAGCUCACGAGCUCGGCGACAAGUCCAUUGAUUGGCAGACCUACCCUAACUCCGUCAUUACCUUGACGGAUCUGGGUCUUGCCCGUCGUAUAAACGACGACGAAAAGCUGGAGACUCGCUGCGGCUCCGAUGAUUACGCUGCCCCUGAAGUCAUCAUGGGCCAGCCGUAUGAUGGACGCGCCACUGACGCAUGGUCUCUUGGCGUUUUGCUCUAUGCCCUGCUGGAGUCUCGUCUACCUUUCGAUCCGCACCCAGGUAUGACUGAUGCUCAUCGGAUGCGCAGUCGAACCACUCACCGCAUUGCGCGUGUUGAGUGGCGGUGGGUAGAGUAUGCGGGCGACGACACCGACAAUGAUGGUGACGAGGCCAAGUUUGAGGCCAAGGGCCUCCUUGGAGCUUGUGAAAUCACAGAGGGCUUGCUCAAGAGGGCUCGAAGCCGUUGGAGCUUGGAGAAGGUGGCAUCGAAGCCAUGGGUCAAGGAUGCGAUUCGCGUUGAAGGAGGGGUCAAGUUUUGGGAAGAGGAGGAAGGGGAAGAGAUUUUAUAA